UUAUCUUAUCAGUUUCAGAAGGCAUAGCAAUGAUAGCAGAAUUUAGGUUUUCUUUUAAGCCAAUUUUAUCGACUACAGUUUAUAUGGUUAAGAAAACCUGUUCUUAAUUUUGAAAAUACUUAUUUAUUUUUCUAACUAUGGACCCCCGUGAAGAAGACAUCUUAAGACUGAAUCGCAAGAUUAAGCAGCUGAUCAGCGAAAACGAUGCAUUGGAAACUCGUCUUCAACAAUUACAAAGCGAAAAUCGAACUCUAAGAGAAGAAGUUGGUCCCUUGCAAAAGUCCUACAACAAAGCGACAGAGUAUUGCGUGAAGUACAAAAUUGAAUUGGAGCAGCAGAUCACAACGAGGGAACAGCUCUAUGCGGCUAACCAGCAGCACAAAGAACGUUACAGGAAGCUGCUGGAUCUAUACAGUCAGCAGCACGAGAAAGUGAAAGUACUCCAACAUAGUCUGAAAUCCGUAGAAACCACCAGAAGGGUUUCUCGAGUCCCGGUUGAAAUAAUAGGCAAACUUUCCGAUAUUGGAAAAAAUGAGGAACUAGAAAAACGAUGCCAAGACCUGCAAAGCAGGUGUGACCGGCUUCAGCAAGACCUAGCCGGGGCGUAUGCCGUAAUUGACGAUUUGGAGUUUGAGUUGGAAAGCGUCGAUUAUUUGGAAGUUGAAAACGAACGAUUGCAGCAGGAAAUUCGACAUUUGAAAUCAAACUUUCUUGACCAAGGAGUGAGCAGACCAACAUCGGUGAACCUACCAGAUGAUGCAGAUACAACAAGCGAGCAUUCUGAAGAAGUUACUCUGAGACACUCGAAGGAUGACAAAAAGAUACGCCGAGUUACACUUCUCAACAGGCUCAGCAGCAUCCGGCAGCUCUCAUAAUUUCCGAUGGCGUGAUUCAAGUUCUGCUGGUUAGUACUUACUUGGUUCCACCCAACGAGCAGCAAAACGAAAACAAGAAGAAUUACAAACAAUAAUAAUGCAGUUUAAUUCAGAAAAUAAAAUGAUCAUUUAA